AUGGAUAUGUCGUCAGAAAAUGAUGAACACAGAAUUAUGGAAGGUUGGCUGUAUCUUAUUCGGUCUAAUAAAUUUGGAUUUCAGUACUCACGGAAGCGGUACUACGUUCUUCAAAAUCACGAUCUCAAAAGCUUCUGUUCCGUCUCACAUUCCCUCCAUAAGGGUCCUGUUAGAAGUGCAGUUGUAAAUUCCUGCAUUUGUGUAAUGGACAAUGGGAGAAAGAACAUUCGAGGAAAGGUCUUCUUUAUUUUCACACUUUCCGGAAUUUCUAGCACCAGUGGUUGUCUGAAGUUAGGAGCAAGAAAUCCUGAAGAAGCUGCAAGAUGGGUCGAAGCCUUCCAGAAAUUAUCUCUAAAGAUGAACCAAAAUCCAGAAGAUAUUUUGGAUUGUGAUAAAUAUGAACAACAGCAUUCAAGGUCAAACAAUUCUGGUAGAGUACAUGAUACAAACUCUGUUGAUUACCACCUCUCUUUAGCCUCAAUUACAGAUCCCAAAACUGCUGACCUAUCAUCUUACUGGACAAUCUUUGGCUGUCACAAUGGUCUCAGGUUAUUUAAAGAGGCAAGAAAUCAAGAACAUCAAAAAAAGAGGAAUGGUUAUCCUGCACUAGCAGCGAUGAGUGUGAUCGAUGGAGCCCCAGAGGCCAUUUUCCAGAUACUCAUGUCUUUUGGUUCUUCAAGAUCAGAGUGGGACUUCUGUUUCCAGAAGGGUAGUGUGAUUGAAAUUAUAGAUGGUCACACUGAUAUUGUUCAUAAGCUUCUGAGUGAUGAUUGGUUACCUAGGGGUAUGAAACGAAGAGAUUUAUUGUUGCAGCGCUGCUGGAGGAGGGAGGACAAUGGAACAUACACUAUUCUUUACCAUUCUGUACUUAACAAAAAAUGUCCCCCGCAGAAAAGCUACAUCCGUGCCUGCCUUAAAAGUGGAGGGUAUGUGAUAUCACCUGUGUAUCAAAGUAAACAGUCAGUUGUGAGACACAUGCUUGAUAUUGAUUGGAAACUUUGGAAUUCCUAUCUACAAAAAUCUUCUGCUCAAUCUCUCUCGGUUCACAUGCUUGGGAGACUUGCUGCUUUGAGAGAAUUCUUCAAAACAAACUUACGCAAUUACUUAUCUGAGUUCUCGUUGCAAGAGCCAAAGAGAAAGGAUUUGCUGCAUCAAAGUGAAACUUCCAUGAGGAUUGCAGCUCAAAGAAAUGAAAAUGGAGACUCUAAGGAGGAUGCGGAAUGCACAUUGUUGGAAGUUUCUUCAGAUCGCUUGGGACUUGUAGAGAUGGAUGAUGAAUCAGAUGAAUACUUUGAUCUUCCAGAACCCUUUGUUGAUGAUCAAUCAGAAAGUAGCUGUGCUGCUGGCUUUCCUCCUGAAAUUUACUCUCAGGAUACAUGUUACGACAAGUCUUGCACACCACCUUCUAACAUUUUGAUGAAUAAGUUGAACGAAUAUACGGUUCAUAGAAAGGGAUGUGCAAACUUAGAGGAGAUGGCUUGGGAAAAUGGUGUCUCAUGUAACUACAUACUCACUCUUCCUAAAGAUCCAACUGGCAAUCUUCCUAACAGUUGGUCAGUUCCAGAACCUUCUUUGUUUCAAAUUCGGGGAGAAACUUAUUUUCAAAACCGUAAGAAGAUUACGGCCAAAAGCACAUUGAUGCAAACUGUUGCUGUGGACUGGCUGAGAUCAGAUAAGCGGGAAGAUCAUCUUGCUGCCAGGCCGGGCAGCAUAGUUCAGAAUUUUGCAGCUGACGGCCGCCCAGAAUUCUUCUUCAUUGUUAACUUUCAGGUUCCAGGUUCAACGACUUAUAAUGUUGCUUCUUACUAUAUGACAAGUACUCCUGUGAAAGAUCUGCCCUUGCUAGAGAAAUUUAUAGAAGGAGAUGAUGCUUUCAGAAAUUCAAGGUUUAAGCUCUUACCUCAUAUAACUAAGGGACCAUGGAUUCUCAAGCAAAGCGCAAGCCGAGCCAGCCUUGUAGGUCAUAUGCUUAAAGUUAACUAUAUCCGUGGGAAGAACUACAUUGAGAUUGACAUCGAUGUUGGAUCAUCUACACUUGCAAGGGGGUUAGCUACCACAGCUUUGAGUUGUUUCAGUAACUUGAUAUCUGAAACCGCGUUUGUGAUACAGGCAAACACGCCGGAUGAGCUUCCAGAGCAUCUUUAUGGUGCAUCUCGUCUGAACCAUCUUGACGUCUCUAGAGCAUUCUGGACAAAUCCAUGAUAUAAAUCCUACAGGUUC